GUGAAACAGAAAAGUCGAACCUGUAUAUUGUUGUUGUGAAUUCAAGAUGGCGACUCACAGUCGGAAGAAGUUAGUGUUAUGAUCCGGUUUCUGAAGAGGUGGAAGAAAAAGAUAUGAAAGUGAGAGAUCUGAGUUUUAAACUAAUAUGAAAGUAUAAACAAAAGGAUUAAAGAAUGGCGGACGCAACAAGUACACGUAGGAGAGUAAAGCUGUAUAUGCUGAAUGAAGAUCGCCAGUGGGAUGAUCGUGGAACUGGUCAUGUCUCUUCAGCUUACGUAGAGCGACUCAAAGGAAUGUCUUUAUUGGUUAGGUCGGAGACCGAUGGCUCCCUAUUGUUAGAGUCAAAGAUUCAGCCAGAUACAGCAUACCAGAAGCAACAGGAAACACUAAUCGUGUGGUCAGAGGCAGACAACUAUGACCUGGCCUUAAGUUUCCAAGAGAAGGCAGGAUGUGACGAAAUUUGGGAGAAAAUAUGCCAAGUCCAGGGCAAGGAUCCUUCUGUUGACAUCACGCAGGAUGUCAUAGAGGAAUCCGAAGAUGAACGCUUUGAAGAGAUUCCCGAUGCUGCUCCACCAAUAGAACUUCCUCCCUGCGAACUCAGCAAACUCAGCGAAAUAUCAGAACUCUUCAGUGGAGUUAUCCCAUCUCCCAUACGCAGAGAGAAGCUGGCGGUAGCAAUAGAACAGGAAUCAUACAUCAAGGCAUUAUUGGAUUUAUUCCAUAUGUCAGAGGAUUUAGAAAAUCUGGAUGGAUUACAUCAUCUUUACGAUAUAUUCAAAAGUAUAUUUUUAUUGAACAAAAAUGCCUUGUUCGAGAUCAUGUUUGCUGAUGACACUAUAUUUGAUGUGGUCGGCGUACUGGAAUAUGACCCAUCAUCUCCUAGCCCAGCAAAACAUCGCGAUUAUUUACGCAACGUCGCAAAGUUCCGCCAAGUGUUACCAAUAGGAAAUCAAGAGCUGGAAUCGAAAAUACAUCAGACUUAUAGGGUUCAGUACAUACAGGAUGUAAUCCUGCCUACACCAUCAGUUUUUGAAGAAAAUAUGCUAUCAACGCUAAGCUCAUUCAUAUUUUUCAAUAAAGUUGAGAUAGUGAGUAUGUUACAGGACGAUGAUAAAUUUCUCGCCACAUUAUUCUCACAACUCACCGACGACGAAACAGAUGACAGUCGACGAGGGGAUUUAGUUCUCUUUUUAAAAGAAUUCUGCACAUUUUCACAAACUUUGCAACCCCAGAGCAGAGACUCAUUUUUUAGGACGCUGUCAAAUUUGAAGAUUUUGAAUGCCUUGGAGGUAAUAUUAGGAUUGGACGAUUCAGAUAUGAAGACUGCGGCUAUUGAUAUAUUCUCAUAUAUAGUAGAAUUUAGUCCGUCCAUGGUCCGUGAGUUUAUCUUACAAGAAGGGCAGACACAAGACGACGAUGAUCUCCUUAUUAAUUUAGUAAUCGACCAAAUGGUGAAUGACACCGACCCAGAGCUGGGGGGAGCAGUGCAACUUAAAGGCAUUAUUAGCCUCCUCAUAGAUCCUGAAAACAUGCUGGCUACAGCCAAUAAAACGGAAAAGACAGAAUUCCUGAGUUUCUUCUACAAACACAGUAUGCAUGUCCUCACUGCACCUCUGUUUGCUAACACUACAGAAGACAAGCCUAGUAAAGAUGACUACCAGACAGCCCAGCUGUUGAGUUUGAUCCUAGAGUUGUUGUCUUUCUGUAUAGAGCACCACACAUACCACAUCAAGAAUUAUGUACUUAAUAAGGACCUUCUCAGACGAGUUCUCAUCCUACUCAAAUCAAACCAUGGCUUCUUGGCUCUCAGUGCUCUGCGGUUGCUACGAAAGGUGAUUGGCCUGAAGGAUGAGUUUUACAACCGUUACAUCAUAAAGGGGGAGCUAUUCAAGCCAGUCAUCCUUGCAUUCAGGGCUAAUGGCAACAAGUACAACCUUCUCAACUCUGCUAUGAUUGAGAUGUUUGAGUUCAUUCGUGUGGAGGACAUCAAGUCAUUGUGCACAUACAUCAUAGACAACUACUUUGACCAACUGAAGGAUGUGGACUACGUGCAGACCUUUAAAGCUCUCAAGGUGCGCUUUGAGCAACAUCAAGACAGACUCAAAGAUAACACCACAACCAGACCUCCCACUGAUGGUGUGCCGUCGAUCCUACGUAACAACAGGUUCAGACGAGACACCAGGAUGCAAGAGGAAGAAGAGGAGAUGUGGUUUGACCAAGAUGACGAAUUUGAGGUUGGGGAGGCUAUCAUGACUGAUAUGUUGAAACAGACAAAGUAUGAUGAGUUUGAUCAAAUCAACAAGUUCAUGGAACGCAGAGCUAAAGAUACAAAUGAUAUUGUGCAGCGGGACUCUCCUCCAAAGUUGUUCCGUAACACUUCUCCGAUCAAUAUCAGUUUGAAGACAAGCAAUGGUUCUCCGCCCUCAGGGGGCAAUAUCAGCCCUGUAGCUACCCCUGCCAACAGCCCCGUCAGUCCCUUAGUGAAGUCUACACUCCUCACACCCACCCUCCACAAAGAUGAACCAAAGGUUAAUUCAACAUUACCUGUAAGCAAGCCACUGAUGGGCCUUGUAGACUAUGGUGAUGACGACAGUGAAGAGGAAGAAGACUCCACUAACUCUGAUGUCAACGCCCCAGCAGCUAAACGACAGCGCCUUGAUACAUAA